CAUUCAUUUUUGCUGCUCGUGACUGAUGAGUCAGCAAAGGAUCUUCAGGAUCUUUAUUUUAGCUUUCUCAACCACAAAAACCAACCACGAACUAUUUGACCACGAGCACAACCGAUCGACGUCGUCGCAUUGCUUGUGGUUCAACACCACCUCAGUACUUCCAAAGCAACCAUUAUAUAUUGGAUCACGAUGAACUCGGCUAGUUGUCGACUGUUGACCAGACGGGUAGCCCAAAGGCUGCUACCCUCCUUACAAAGGACCAGCCUAUUGGCCACUACCAGUAGGAUACCCCAACAUCGGUUCCUUGCCUCUGCUGCCGUCGUUAUUCCCACAAGUAGUCAAGAUGCACGAUUGCAUCCUUGGUUAUGGCUCACUGCUGCUGCCACCACUGCUGCUGUGCUGAUGGUGGGAUCCACAACAAGAGCUGCUUGUCAAGAAGAAGAAACAGCACCAUCCAAAGAGGAAGAAGCAUUGCUGGACCCGGACAACCUGGAGAUUGGACCCGACGAUCCCUACUACUCCAUCCCCGACGACGAUGAACCCACCGAUUGUUCCAUGUGUUUAACUUUUCGACAAGGACCCUGUCGACUCGAUUGGAAGAGAUUCGAAUUGUGUGUCAAGGACAAGAGUCCGCCCAAAAAGGAUGAUACUGCUACUACAGAAAAUAGUAGUAGUAGUGAAGAAGAAGAACCACCCAAAGAAGAUCCCACGGCGUGCAUGAAAUACGCCAUGCCCUUUUAUCAAUGUUCCAGCAAACACGUCAACUCCUACCUCAUUUUGGGAAAUGAUCAGACCCAAAAAACCGUCACGGAACCAUUGCUCAAGACGUACGUUGAGGAUGCACCCCACAGACGCCUCUGCUUUGCUCCCGACAACAAUAAUAAUGCAGUCACGUUGGAUUUUACUCAGUGGGAAACCUUUGUCACUACACUUGUUAAUCUGGGAGGAUCCGUGCCCACUCGAUUUGAGUUGAAAAAGACGGGAUUCAAAAGUCCAGCCGAUGCAUUGCGAGCCACUUGGGAAAAGAAGAGUGACGACAAUGACAAUCCACAAUACCUCAUGAUGAACGAGGAAGGAGAACCGUUUUUGAUUACGGUCACGGCGCAAGUUCCCAUGGAACAAGCACUGGCGGGAAAGACGGCUGGAAAGAAAAAGAAAAAGACUAAAAAGAAAAAGACAAAACAAAAGACGGCACCACUCAUGAUGACCUUUGCGCUGGACCAACACGGAAAUCUCAUUGGAGAUGCCCGUAACAGCAGUGGUGACGAUGACAACAACAAAAACAAAAAAGAGGAAGAAACUCCUCCUCCGACGCAUUUGCCACUGCAGAUUCAAGUGGUUCCGGGUGUGACGCAAGAAAUCACAAUCUACGCGCUCUAUGUGCCAAAAGACGGGGACUUUCUGGAAGAUGGUACCCUCUACGAAAGCAAGCCGUAUCAGCUACAGUCGAUUACCGAGCAGGCCAUGGAAACAGCCAAGGCACAACAACAAGAAAAGGAAGCAGAAGGUGUGCAAGCAUCCAAAUAACGCUUCUAGCAAGUAAGAAAGGAUUGGGUUUAUCAUUCUUACAUCCGCUUUUGGCUGCACCAUACUACCUGGUACCUUGUAGCUAGAAACAGAACCACAGCUACUGUUUUCGUCCAUGACCAGGCAAACUUAGAGGGCACUUUUAUAGGUGCCAAAAGAAACUGCCAAGCAAGCAAGGGAGGGGGCGGUCCUCGGUGGCAAAUAUUAGCAAAAUACAGCGGUUUUCCCUGUGAUAAAUCCUUGAAACUGCAGUCUACCCUCAGAGUUUGAUGGACCCAAAAGGCGCCCAAGAUCUCUGUAUUGGCCCACGGGUUAUGAAGGUGCCAAGAACCAGGCACCUUCUGGGUUGCUACACCUCCAGAGCUAGCCAACUGAUCUGAUCUGGUGGCACGUUCUGGCCGACUUUUUCACCAAAAUUGGCAGACUUGGACGAUGACGUGAGUAAGUACGCUGCAUCCCGAACCGUCCUCACGUCCACGACUGGAUACCGGUAUAUCUUCGGGACUGGUGAAGUGCGUCCUGACGGCUUGGUUUCAGAUUAUAACGAAAGUUUAAAUUCAACUAUUCAAGAGGAAUGAUCCACAAAAACGAAAAAUCUAAGAAGAUACUGUCAAAAAAUCAAAAUACCCGGACGCAGUAG